UCAGCUUUCCGCAGAGCCGAGCAGGAGUGCACCGCCGCGGGGAAGAUGGCCUCAGUUUCUUUUAAUAAGCAGAGCAGAGUGUGGUGGUGAUCCUGGCGGGUUUCCCCCACAGUGUUUCCCUCCCUGAGGAUGAGAAGACAGCCUGCAGCAGCAGCAGCAGUCAGACUACUACAGGACAGACUGCACUGCGUGAUGCAGAUCAGAGUCCAAGAGUUGACAUCCUGCUGCCAGGAGGUGAUGGUCUCCUCCUCGCUCCUCAGCUCACCUGCUCCUCUGUCGUGCCUCCAAAUGUCAGGAUGUUAACAUAUUAUUCAUUUGCUUUUCGUGUCACUCGGUAUAUCAAACUGCGCCUUCACCGGGACUAUUGAGUGUUUUUUUUUUUUUUAUUAUUUUACAUUUUACAGGACAUCCAAUGCUGGACUGUUUGUAUUUAACCACUGGAGGACUUCAACUGUAAAUCCUACAAUGAUCUGACGGCUGUAAAGUGAGACAAACAUUAAUAGAAGUCACCUGGCGUCGCCAUCUAAUUGGCUGUCCGUGCGCACAUGAUGGCCAAUAACAACGAGCUACAAAGUGAUCCAGGCGGGCUGUCGGUGCUCCAACAGCUUGGUCUGGACCAAAACUCUGACUUCUCAGACUCCAGCGUGCAACAGCGCCUGGACGAGCACCGCGAGAGGAUCCGCAGGGAGAUCCGCAAGGAGCUGAAGAUCAAGGAGGGUGUGGAAAAUCUGCGCAGGGUCACCACUGACAAGAGGAAUGCCCAGCAGGUGGGCUCACAGCUCCGCAGCUCUAACCGCAAGCUGGAGUCCCUCCAAGCUCAGCUGCAGGAGCUGGACGCACACAUUGUGGUCAAAGGCCCUGAUGACAACAAAGAUUCCCCAAAGUCUCCGGGGUCGGUCAAUCGGCAGUCGGCCAACCAACACCGCAUCGCAGCUUUGGAGAGGCAACUAAACAUUGAGCUAAAGGUCAAACAGGGAGCAGAGAACAUGAUUCCAAUCUAUGCCAAUGGAGGUACCAAGGACAAGAAGCUUCUCCAGACAGCUCAGCAGAUGCUGCAGGACAGCAAGACAAAGAUUGACAUCAUCCGCAUGCAGAUUCGAAAGGCCAUGCAGGCCACGGAGCAGUCUGAGGACAACCAAUGUAAGCCCGACCUGUGUGGGGUGGAGCUGCGUGUGGAGGAGCUGUGGCAUCACUACCGUGUGGAGCAUGCCAUGGCUGAGGGAGCCAAGAACAUUCUGCGACUGCUGGGUGCAGGAAAGGUCCAAGACAAGAAGGCCAUGGCUGAGGCUCAGUGUGGUCUGAGUGAGUCGUCCCAACGUCUGGACCUGCUCAGAUGCGCUUUAGAGCAGAGGCUGGUGGAGCUCCCCGAGGAUCAUCCCAAGGCUUGCCUCAUCAAGGAGGAGCUAGUGUUGGCCUCUUCCUCUGCUUUUAGCGCUCGCCACAGCACCCCCUAUGUCCAUAACCAAUACAGCACCCUCAGUAAACCAUCACCACUCACAGGUACUCUUCAGGUGCGUCUUCUGGGCUGUGUAGGGCUGCUGGAGGUCGUCCCAGGGCGGAGCAAAGGGACCCCGUUGGUUCUUCCCUCUCACUCUCUGGGAGAUGGACGUACUUCAUUCAAAUUGAGUGGCCUCUACAGUCGCAGCACCAGCAGCAUGAGCCUUAAGAUCCCUGGCAAGAACGAGGAGCUCUCCACGGAGGUGAGUGCAGUGCUGAAGCUGGAGAACACAGUGGUGGGUCAGACAGGGUGGAGAACAGUUGGCGAGCAGGCCUGGGACCAGACCUUCACUGUAGAGCUGGAGAGAUCCAGGGAGAUGGAGAUUGCAGUGUACUGGAGAGAUUACCGCUCCCUGUGCGCUCUGAAGUACCUAAAGCUGGAAGAGUUCCUGGACAACCAAAGACACCAAGUUAAGCUGGAACUGGAGCCACAGGGGCUGCUUCUGGCUGAGGUUACUUUCUUUAAUCCAGUAAUAGAGAGAGGCAGAAGACUCCAGAGGCAGAAGAAAGUCUUCUCUAAACAGCACGGAAAAGCCUUCUUACGUGCUCGUCAGAUGAAUGUUGACAUUGCUACGUGGGUCCGGCUGCUGAGGAACGCCAUCCCCAGUGGAAGCAACACACCUGCCUACACACCCAGUUUCACAAGCAACACACUCGCACACAGCACAGGAGAAAUCUCAGUGGAGAAGUUGAAUCUGGAAGGCGACUCUCCUCCAAAAGCUGAAAUCAGGAGAGACGUGGUGGACGCACCCGCUCCCUUGGAACAGACGCCAGUCAUUGAGCCCCCAUCCACACCGGAUGUCCCUGUUCACAAGCAGCCAACCAGAUCGCUGUCCCAGAACUCUUUACGCAGACCCAGCAGAGGCCCUCUUUGCCUGCAGGACUUCAAGCUGAUAGCUGUGCUCGGCAGAGGCCACUUUGGAAAGGUGUUGCUGUCAGAGUACAAAAAGACAGGCAGCCUGUACGCCAUCAAAGCCCUGAAGAAGGGAGACAUUGUUGCGAGGGAUGAAGUGGAAAGUCUGAUGUGUGAGAAGCGGAUCUUUGAGACCGUCAACGGCUCCCACCACCCCUUCCUGGUCAACCUGUUUGCAUGUUUCCAGACGCCAGAACAUGUUUGUUUUGUCAUGGAGUACACUGCAGGAGGAGACCUCAUGAUGCACAUACAUGCCGACGUCUUUUCUGAGACACGUGCUGUGUUCUACUCAGCUUGUGUGGUCUUGGGUCUGCAGUUCCUUCAUGACAAUAAGAUUGUGUAUCGGGAUCUUAAAUUGGACAACCUGCUGCUCGACACAGAAGGUUUUGUGAAGAUAGCAGACUUUGGGCUCUGUAAAGAAGGUAUGGGUUAUGGGGACAGGACCAGCACAUUCUGUGGGACCCCUGAGUUUUUGGCCCCGGAGGUGCUGACAGACACGUCAUACACCAGAGCAGUCGACUGGUGGGGACUCGGGGUGCUCGUCUAUGAGAUGUUGGUCGGUGAGUCUCCGUUCCCAGGUGACGAUGAGGAAGAAGUUUUCGACAGCAUAGUGAACGAUGAAGUGCGGUACCCACGCUUCCUCUCCACAGAAGCCAUCGGCAUCAUGAGACGGUUGUUGAGAAGGAAUCCUGAAAGACGUCUGGGCUCUUCAGAAAAGGAUGCUGAAGAUGUCAAAAAACAACCUUUCUUCAGGGGUAUGGACUGGGACGCACUUCUUCAGAGGAAAGUCCCGCCGCCGUUCAUCCCGACCAUCGGAGGAAAAGAAGACGUCAGCAACUUUGACACGGAGUUCACAGCCGAGGCUCCUGCCCUCACGCCGCCUCGAGAGCGCCGCACGCUCGCCCGCAAGGAACAGGACUACUUCAAGGAUUUUGACUAUGUCUCUGACCUCUGCUAGGGUCAGGGGUCACAGGGUUAUUAGCUGCCCACUGCCAGCCACAGACUCUGAAAGGAGACUGAGAAGUAUAGGCUGACUGUCCCGUACUGGGGGAGAAGAACUUGGUGGCGAUGAGAGGCGAGGAUCACUCUUACUCUGUCCUCUUCCUCUCUGUCUGUGUGUUUUGUGAUUGGAUGACGGACUGGCUGGGCCGAGCGUGUGUGAGAACAGGGGAUCACUGGAAUCGGAUCGCAUGUUGCACACUUACAGUGUCACGGACCUGCUGACCUCCUAUAGGUCAACAGAUCCGUAACACUGCGUGGCUUUUAGAGGAAGAGGAAGUGUGAUGAUAACGUAAAAUAAUCCAGAUUAUGUAACAAUUGGGAGAUGAGAUGAUGGAUGCUGCUGUUUGUCCUACCUGGUAAAACAGUGGACCAUAGAGGGAAAAAAAAAAAGAAUCUCUGAUCGUACUGAAGAGAGUCAAAGGAGUGAAAAGUGAUUCAUUCUGACAGGAAGCAGUUUGUCUCUUUUCUUCCUGCACUUGCUCUCUACUCUCUUGUCCCUUUAUCUCUGCUGUUUGUUGCUGCUAUGUGUGUGUUUCGCUGUGUACAGUGUCCCUGCCUCAGUCAUGAUAUGUAUCCACAUCAGCUGCAAUCAAUGCACCACCUGUACAUUAACACACGGGGGAGCCAGAGGAAAGAAAAGGGUCCGCUGACGUUUGAUCAGAGCUGCUGCCUGUUGAUGCGAGUAGGGGGGGAUUUGAACAGAGAAGGAGGGAGGGGGAGCUCUCACAUAGGACAUUUCAUAGUCUUCUCUUUCCACUGCCUUUCGGUACAACACAGAUUUUUAACUACAAUCAUUUUUCAAUGACAAAAAAGCUUUUUGUUCUUUUUUGUGAUUUAGUGUUUUUUUCCCCAUCUGUGUUUCCUUCUCUGUCAUUUGCUGGUGAAAUGUGUUGGAACUGUGACUCAGUAAAGAUGUGAACCAAC